UAGGAGAGAAGAGGGGGAAAAAAAAGUCCUUUGCUUCUCUUUGCAACAGGAUGCAAGGCAUUUUCACUUUGCUUCCCUCUCCUGUUCAUGAGCCAAAAACCAAUAUAACCGAUAUCAAGUUAUUAACAUCCCAUGGUUAUGCUUUUCCUCAGAACAAAACACUUUUAGCAGGGUAUUCACAGGGAAAAUUCUGCAGCAAAAUUUAUAUAUCUUGAAGAGACAAGAGAGUAGGUUCGGAGGGCUUUAAAGAAAGGAAAGAAUCAUCCUCACCGCAACAAACUAAACAUCUCAAAGAAGAAAAGAAAGCGCAAAGCCAGUAUUUUUUUAGCCAAAUGAGUCAGGAUUACGACGCAAGAGAGAGCGAUUUUGCUACUGCGGUUGCAGCAGCUGCAUUUGCGGUUCACUCGCUUGAUCAAGCCGAGCUGCAAUAUCAGAAGAGGAAGCAGGAAGCUCUAGAAAUCUCGAGGAGCAAGGCUAAGAGCAGGAAGGAUGAGAUCACUGCGGAAAUUCCAAGUUCAAGUAGGCCAACCAGGCUCUUCUCGGGGAAGGAAGCAAAGACUGCUGGCGAAGUUUCGAUGAGAAGGUCAGUUGCGCGGGAAGACAAGGUAUCUGAGAGGGCUUCUCCUGCCAAGCAGCCAAGUCGUGCAUCAUCGGUAAGGCAGGCAACACCGGCAGAUAGAUAUCAAAUGCAGAAAGGAACAUCAUCGAGACAAAAUGGCAUCGAAAGCAAAGCAGAUGCUUGGGAGAAAGCUCAGAUGAAAAAGGUUCAGAGCUGGAAUGAGAAGUCGAAAUCUGCGAUACUUGCUUGGGAGAAUGAGAAAAAGAUGCAAGCCAAGCUUAAGAUGGAAAAGAGAAAGAGUUUACUGGAGCAGAGAAGGGCACAAAACAUGCAACAUUAUCAAAACAAGGUAGUGAGGAUAGAGAAGAUAGCUGGAGGAGCAAGGGCACAAUUGGAAGAAAAAAGAAGAAAAGAAGAAUUGGCAGUGAAGGACAAGGCAAAGAAGACAAGAUCAGGAGGAAAUGUUCCUCUCAAAUGUUUCUGCUUCACUUGUUGAUUAUAAGUGAAACUUCCUUGACUCAAGAAAAUUUGCUUGUGGUGCAAGG